AACGAAAAGUUUCAGGUUGUACGGGCGUUGGGAUAUCACUACGUUGGAAUAUUCCUCAAAGGUGCUCCUCACGUGGUGAUGUCGUGUGUUAAGGAUAUGGUGGAAGAGCAUCACGUAGAUGGAUCCUUUGAAGAAACUCCAGAAUGCGAGAACAACUCCAAAAUUGGUAUGAACGAAUACGGUUCAAGAAAAGGCGUAGGCCAUCGAGACGUAACUAGCAUCAUCAUGUAUGUUUCUACUGGUCUUGUUGUGUUGAUGUUUGUGGCAGGCGGCGUUUGGGAUUUGAUGAAGACCAGGAAUCUUCCAAGAAAAAAAGAAGGUAAGAGAAAGGUCUGAUUUAAAGGAUUUAUUCAUUACUUUCAAUUUCGGUUCAAGAUCACAAUUUUUCUCGUCUCAGGUAAACAAUACCGGUACGUAGAAUGGUAAUAAUCUGUUCUCCCCUAAUUUAAGGGAAUCCGGGAAGUUUUUGCCUGCUUAAUUGUGGAAUCCGAAAUCCGAGAAAUUUUUGCUUGUGGAAUCCGGAAUCCUAGGGUUUGGAAUCCGAAAUACAGCUCAAGGAAGCUGGAAUGCUACUUAAAAUUAUAAUCCGGAAUCUGGACAAAUACUGGAAUCCAUCCGGAAUCCACGGCGUGCAAUCCAGAAUCCAAGACUUUCUUGGAUUGCCUUACAUGGGGUGACUGUUCGUCACGUAAGCCCCAUUCCCGCUUCCAGCCCUUAUAUGCAUUUUCUUGUUUCAGGUAACGCUGGAGACCAUGGAAGUGUAGAAAUGAAUGCGACAGAAGAAGAAAGAGAAAUCAGAGUGAUCAAAGAAGACAAAGAUGUGAGAGGAAGCUUGAAGGCCGCUUCAACAACUGAAACUUAA